CGCCGGGGUGACUUUGGGUGGCAUUGGGCGCGAGGCGGCGCAGGGCAGCGACCUCUCGGGUAGCCCCCAGCAGCAGCAGCAGCAGUCACCCGCCUCCUGCUCAUCCUGCUGUUGCCUCUCUCUCUCUCUCUCACACUCUGCUCACAGUGCCUGCCUCGCACCACGCCUUGCCCAGCAGCCAUGUGGAGGUCCUGCAGGAGAGCGGGCACGCUCAUUCAGAAGUGCCUCUGUGGCCGGACACCAUGCCCCUCGACCCAUGCCAAGCGCUGCUAUUCUGCUGGGAUCCCCGGCUCGGGUCCCUCAGCAGCAGGCAAGGUGGUGGGGGGGGGCCUGCUGGUGGUGGUGGGGGGGCUCGGGGGCACCGUGCUCUACGCCAGCUGGGACCCUCGCUUCCGCAGCAGCUUGGAGCAGAACGUUCCCUACGUGGACAAGCUGCUGGGCGCCGUCCUGGGCCCCAGCGUGCCCUUCCUGCCCAUGCCCAGCAAGAAACCGGGUGCAGGGGAUCUGAAUCUCAUCGCCCCCACAAAGAAGAAGCACUCGGACGAGCGAGCGGCCCCAGCAACUGCACAGGCGCCGGUCAAGCAGGAAGAUCGAUCAUCGGAAGCGUCGGUGAUCCUGUCCUCCAUCGGAGAAGCACCCUCCAUGCCGGCGCCCGGCGUGACGGAUGCGGCCACCAGCCCCAAGCCGGGGCACGAGGGCGCGGGGGCCAGCGGGCACGACGGGGGCGGCGCCGCUCACACAGAGCACGCGUGCGAGUCCUGCAAGCACGAGCCCUCGGGCGACGCAACACCAGCAGCCCCCCCGCGUGACUUGCUAGAGGCCGGCCCAGCUGGUGGCUCCUCUAAGGAAGCGAUGUCACAAGACACAGACCCGGAGGCAGAGGUUGCUGCGUUGUCUCAGAACCUGGAGGAGGCGGUGGCGCGGAGCGGCUUGGUGACGGCGCAGGCCGUCGGGGCCCAGGACGCUGCUACCGCUGCCAUAGGCACAUACAUCAGCUGCCUCCGGCACGCCAUGGAGGACGAGGCGAUGUCGCCUGAAGAGAAGACGGAGCAGUGGCAGAGCGUGCGGGAGGCGCUGGCGGCCAGAGACCGCGCCGUCCACGAAGCGUCGCAAGCCCAGCGCGUGGCUCAGGAGGAGGUGGUGAAGCUGCAGGGGCUGGUGGAGGAGGCACGCGGCACGGCCGCGCCUGCGGCCGCCCCCCGUCUACAGGCCGCCGGCUCCAGCGUGCGCCGCAUGCUGUCUGAGCUGCAGGGAGCCUCCAGCAGGGUGGAAGCGGCGCAGACAGAAGCGCGCCUCGUGUCCCAGUACCAGGAGAUGGCAGAACGUGCCAAGGAGGAGUUCCGGCAAGAACUGGAGAGCAUCGUACCCGGCUGGCAGGGCAGAGGCGACCUGAACAAGGAGGAGCUGAACGCGCUGCUGCUGCACGCGCACCGGCGCACAGAGCAGCUGCGCCGGGAGGUGGCGGAGCGCCAGGCCCUGGAGGAGCACCGCCUGGUCCUGGCACGGGAGCAGCAGCGCACGGUCGACCAGCGCGGCCUGGAGGAGGCGCUGGCCACCGCCCUGCACCAGCAGCGCCAGGAGCUCGUGGUGGCGCAGCAGCGCAAGAUCGAGGAGCUCAAGGACGCAAUGGAGAUGGAGAUGCGCACCCAGCUGCGCCGUGCCACGGCCGCUCACUCGGACCACCUGCAGGAGGCACUGAAGCUGCAGGCGUUUGAGCUGGGAAACUCUCACAAGAAGGAAUUGACAGACAAGAUGGUGGAGCAGGACCUCGUGUUCCGGCGCGAAAUUCUGGAUCAGCGCGACUCUUUCACUCAAGACAUAAACAAAGCGUUUGCACAAGUGCACGGGAUCCGUAAUGCUGUUGACGGCCUGGCCGAGCGCGAGGAGGUCGCCAAGAAGGCCCACUCGCUGUGGCUCGCUGGGGAGGCCCUCCGCACCGCUCUGGCCCAGGCCGGGCCGGACGGGCCCGACGGGCCGUGCGUGCCGCUGGCCAAGCACGUGGACGCGGCGCGGGCCGUGCUGGCGGAGAGCGAGUUCGCGCAGGCGGUGACGGGCGCCGUCCCGAGCGAGUCAAAGGAGCGCGGCGUGUACUCGUUGGAGGCGCUGCGCCACCGCUUCCGGAGCGUGCGGAGGCUCGCGCGCCGCGUCGCCCUCAUCGACGAGACGCGCAACAGCCUCUACCAGUACUUCCUGUCCUACAUACAGGCCGCAUUGAUGUUGGAGCCAGCCACGCUGAAGCCCCCAGCGGAAGGAGUGGCGGCGGAAGAGCUGGGCGACGCGUUCCGCGUGCUCGCUUACGCCGCCUUCUGCCUGGAGCACGGCGACCUGGAGCAGGCGGCGAGGUUCGUGACGGCGCUGCGGGGCGAGGCGCGCCGCGUGGCCGACAGCUGGCUGCAUGAGGCGCGCCUCACGCUGGAAACGCGGCAGGCCGUCGCGCUGCUCACCGCCCACGCCAGCGCGGUGGGCCUGGCCGCCACGCACGCGCAGCCCUGACGGGCGAGGGCACCGACGACCGUGGGCGCGUACGCUCACCGCCUCGUGUGCACCUAACGGCUUUCAAUGUGCGUAUGUGGGAUGUAUAAUUUCACACACAGAUGCACGGUGUGCACGAUGAACACGAUCCCCUAGGGGCUGCAAAUGGUUAGCUCCGACACGGUCAUCUCUAAAGAAAAGAUAGCACUUCACAAACAUUUUGCAAACUUGUGCCACACCACAGUAACACCUUUCCCUCUUUACCAGUCAAGACAUCUGAAUUACAGAUUGUAAUUGAUAUCUGAAUUUAGGAGACUGGUAGAGAUGGAACGCUGGUACAAAGGAGCUGGAAUAACUUGUGUACAAAGCAGACCACAUGCUCAUCUCGCUUUACCAAUUUAAAUAUCUGGACAUUCUAAAUACCAAAACGCCUGUUAACAACUUAGACUUAAGGAUGUUUGCGGCCUUGUAAAAAGGUUUUUCUGCAGUGUAUAUGUGGGUACAUUUCUUGUCAUGAACAGAGUACUGGCCUUAAAAUAAGUUGAUCCUUUAACAAAAAUGUUCCAGUUCACCCUAUAUCCUUGAACCCAACAACGCAUGACAAUUUAACAUUACAUUAGCUUUACUGGAUUGAUUUGGAACAGUUAAGUUUGUUCCUGACAUUUUGAAUAGCAUGAAGAACCUUGUAAAUUAUAAUUUACAAUUAAGUUGCUUUGCCUUCUGAAAGUGUCACAUUGGGAAGCGGCAGUGCUGUCUUGUUAAAAUGGUAUUUAUUGAUGCCUUCACUCGUGUCCAUUGAGCGCUCACGAUAUCAAUUGAAUCGACGUCCCUAACAAUAAACUGCAGUUCUUGUCCAAAGGUAUCCUUCAAGUUAUUGCACGCUCAAGCAACUUUGUGCAGAUUUCCGUCCGGAUGGAGUGGUUAAUAUUGAAAUCAUAAACGUUUAAACUGGUUUGGGGAGACUAAUUUUCAUGAGAUUUGUAUUUCGAGUUCUAAUUUAAAUGCAACUCUCAUAUGGACGAAAUGCUAUUUUGUCAAGUCUUGUAUUUCUCCUUGAUUUGCUCUCAACAAUAAACUGGUCUGUGGUUCACCAA